AUGUAUCGGAAGUUGUCUAAGUUAGAACACUCGGAAAUAAAACAACUUCUUACAGAAGCUAAUAUAGAUGUUGCAAAGCAUUACGCAACAAACAAAAAAUUACUCGCUGACUUCAUUAAAGACUACAAUGGUGAAAUAACUUAUGAUAGAAUUCAUGAGUUCAUAAAGCCGCAACGCGGCGAGGACGAAGUCCAUGCAAGAGCAUUUCCUUUAAAUGACGUUGCUAUUGACUUAUAUCAUAGACGUUCAGUACCUCAUGAAGUAAGAAGAGAAAUGUAUGACAUAACAAAUGCAAACGUUGGUAAAACACGAAAGAGAGACGAUACACUGAAACAACAGAGAAGAGAGAUGUUUAAGAGCGCUAUAGAACAAGUUCGCAAAGCUAAUGAUGUCCUUCGUUCCAUUGACGACAAACCAAAAGAAUGUGAGAGAUGGUUAAAGAAAGAUGAAGAGAAUAGGAAGAGGAAUGUUAAGACAGGCAAUAGACUCAUUGACUUUAACAUCGAAGCUUUAGAUGAACCAAACAGAGACUACUUACACAAACAUUUCGGUAAGGUUUUCAUGAGACUCUUAGAGAAGAUUAAAAUAAACUCCCAACAGAGAUGGAUGGUAUGUUAUAAACUUGGUGGAAAGUAUGAAUGUUCUACGUUAAACCUCAAUAAUAUUGGAACAUUACUACAUCAGCUCUUGAAGGAGAACUUUAUAUCAGAGAUAGAAGCAAAUGCUGCAGGUAUUGUUGAAAUGCACUAUGACUUCUUCUUGACAAACAUAAAGAAUCUUACCGAAAUAAAGAUGUAUGAUUUAACAGAAUAUGAAGGCUUAACGAUGUCAGAUGUAAAGAAAGGCAAACCAAAAAAGAGACCAUAUAGAGAUGAAAGCACACUGACAAAUGACCAGAAAGCCAUUUUGGAAGCUCUUAAGCAAACAGGAAACCCAGCACUUAUAGAAAGCUUUUGGAAAGAUAAUGGUGAAAAGAAGUUUUAUAAGAAGAGAAGCGGUCAGUUCUGGAAGUAUCUUUGCA